UGGUUUAUUCCGCUGACCAUGUUGAAUGAAUGGGCAUGGAUGGGCUUAUUUGAAGUACCGGACCAUGCUUACAAAUCGUCUCAGCUGGCAGCCAGUUUGGAUUAUUUUGUCUUAAUUAUGGCCUUGUUCUUGCGGAACCCCAGACUCCUUACGAACCAGCGUUUCUGUCUACAGUUGCAGCAGGUUUUUCACUACUGUGAUGCAACAGUGAUAGCUGCUAAGGAGCCAUUCCAAGUGGAACUUGUUGAAGGGAAGAAGUAUUCUUGGUGCAAGUGUGGACUAAGUAAAAAACAGCCAUUCUGUGAUGGAAGGCAUAAAGUGACCCAAAUCAAGCCAGUCCGGUUUGUGGCAGAAGUAACCAGCUCUGAGAUCUUCCUGUGCGGAUGCAAGCAGACAGGUUCGCCUCCAUUUUGCGACGGAACUCAUGCCACAGAAAAAGUCCAGUGUGCAAAUUUAUGACAAAAACUGUUUUAAACAGUUACUUUUUAUGGAGACACGUAGUCACUUGCGGUCAAACUUUGAAAAAAUAAGGGAGAACAAACAAUUAAUUUCAAUUGUCCCGCGGGUCUGUUCCGUCGCAGAUCAAAGAUGACGUUAGAAUGUUUUAACAACAAAUAAAGUGUCAUACGAGCA